AUGCACGAGCGUACGAGGCAAACCGUGUAAGCCAAGGGUCAACCACACGAGGGUCAACUAACUCAAGGAGGUCGAGAAAAAAUCUUGGUAUAUUGACGCUUGCGAGGGCGACGCACGAAAGGUCGACGUGUGAGAGGUUGCGAGAAAGGCCGACACGCGAGAGGAUGAUGCACGCGAGAGAAAGACGCGCAUGGCAUUUGGAGGCUAGAGCAUCAGGUGGCGCGCAUGGGGUAGAUGUUGGGUGGUUAGCGCGCGAGAGAGGCUGUUGUGGAAGGACGGGCAAUGUGCGAGCAUUGGCACGCGCGGAGGACAACAGCGGAUGGGCAGCGAACGCGCAUAGGCGCGCGAGUGAGUAUGAGGGGUGGCCGGACGAGCGGGCCACACUGGGUGAGCGAGGCGCAAUAGAGCGCGCGGUGAUCGAGCAGGGCGCGAGCAUAACGGUCGCGUGCGCACAUGCGGGGAGAGGCAAGACGAGGAUGACAAGCCUAAUCCUCAUAGGAUUAGGCAAGGCACGAACACUAGACUCCACGGGAUUAGGAAAAUCAGCUGAGUGCUGGUAUACGCGUGGAAGAUCGGCGACGAAAGUAAUCCUCGAAGAAACACGGAACGCAGCCGGGAGCGAUGCGGGCUCGAGAGUGAUCCUUCAAUGCGUAGGAGAGACGCACGCCGGACGAAUGCAAGGCGAUGCGAGUGAUCGGCGCGGCCCUAGUCCUCGAGGACUAAGGGCAAGAGGCGGUGACUUGGAGUGGGGUGCAAGUAAGAGGAUUGGAGUGCAAGCCAAGCAAUUAGGAGCUGGGCGCGCACGGCCGAACUCGCGGCAUUGCUGGGGCCGAGGGGAAUGCUUGGCUAUACUUGAACAAACCUCGCCACCACUAGGGCUCGGGAAAUGCAUGGGCGCGGCUACUAGGCGUGAGGGCUCGUGGCCGAACAAACUCGGUUUCGUUCACGACUUGACUUGGACAAUUUCUCGAAAUAUCUCGAUUUCGAUAAGUUCGUCAACUUGGAAUAA